AUGCUAACAGAGUUCUUUCAUACAUGCACAACAGACAAGUAUGCUGAAAAACUAUUAUACAGAGAAUUCCCAGAGCAUUAUACAUGGAGCGGGAUGGAAAGAAUAUGGUCAAAAAGAAAAAAUAAAAAAGUGAUAAGGCGUGUCAAUGCAGCAAAUCCAAUUGAAGGCGAGAGAUAUUACAUGAGGAUUUUGUUGAGUCAUGUAAGAGGACCAAAAUCAUUUAAUAAUUUGCUAACUGUCAACGGUGUUCCAUACUCAACAUUCAAGGAAUCAACAAUGAACAGAGGAUUGCUGGAAUCUGAUAACAGUGCAUCAGAAUGCAUGAAAGAAGAUGUAGAGUACCAAAUGCCAAAAGAACUACGAAGAAUAUUUGCCACAUUAUUAGUGUAUUGUGAUCCUCCAAGUGUUAGACAAUUGUGGGACGAUAAUUAUGAAGCCAUGGCAGAAGAUUUUAAAAAAAUACAUGAAAAUUCACUUGAAAUGCAGAUUUCUUCUACUCUUGAAAGCAUCAACUAUUAUUUAAAAAGCAUGGGAAAAAACAUAAAAGACUAUGAUUUACCAAAAGUAAAGGCAAGAUCAGACCAAAUCUUCUCAAACGUGACAAAAGAAAUUGAAGAAGAGAUGGCAAUAGAAGUACCACAAGAAGACCUCGACGCAACAAAUAAGCUAAAUAAUGAGCAAAUGAAAGCAUAUAAUGUCAUUCUUGCAAGAAUAAAUUCAAAAAAAAGUGGAGCAUUCUUCGUUGAUGGACCAGGUGGAACCGGGAAAACAUUCCUUUAUCGUGCACUCCUUGCUAACAUACGUUCAAAAGGAAUGAUAGCUCUAGCUACAGCAACAUCUGGAGUGGCAGCAGCAAUUAUGCCCGGAGGAAGAACUGCACAUAACCGAUUUUCAAUACCUUUAAGUCCUACGGAGUCCAGCUUAUGUGGGAUUUCAAAACAAAGUGGCAAGGCCGAAUUAUUAAGGAAAGCAACACUAAUAAUAUGGGACGAGGCGCUGAUGGCUAAACGAUUUGCAAUAGAAACUGUUGACAGAAGCGUUAAGGAUAUUAUGAACAGUACAGAACCAUUUGGAGGAAAAGUUUUUGUCUUUGGAGGAGAUAUUAGACAAGUACUUCCGGUGGUGCCUAAAGGAACAAGACAAGAAACUGUUAGCUCAAGUCUCAUAAAAUCAUAUCUAUGGGAAAAAAUGGAGGUGUUGAAAUUGACGGUAAAUAUGAGGGCCAAAUCGGACAAAGAUUUUGGCAAUUUUCUACUUCGAAUCGGUAACGGAGAAGAACCAACAAAAGGAGAUAACUUGAUAAAGAUACCAGAAGAGAUGGUAAUAAAAGACGGAGAUGACGAUGCCUCUGAAAAUGCACUUAUUGAUGCAGUGUACCCGUCAUUGCAAGAAAAUUCUACCUCGCCAAAUUUCAUGACAAAUCGAGCAAUAUUGGCAACUAAAAAUGAAUAUGUAGACAAUUUAAACCAAAAGAUGAUAACAUUAUUCCCUAGAGAAAGCAAAAUCUAUAAUAGCUUUGAUGAGGCGGUAGACGAUACAACUAAUUACUAUCAAGAGGAGUUUUUAAAUACUUUACUGCCGAAUGGAUUGCCUCCACAUAAGUUAGAACUGAAAGUCAAUUGCCCUAUCAUGCUGUUAAGAAACCUAGACCCUUCAAAUGGAUUGUGUAAUGGAACAAGAAUGGCAUGCAAAAAAUUUGGUAAUAAUGUCAUACACGCUGAAAUAACAGUGGGCCAACAUACUGGAAAACAAGUGCUUCUACCAAGGAUACCAUUAUCUCCGGCAGAAAAUGAAGGAUAUCCAUUUCGUUUCAAGAGAAAACAAUUUGCUAUGCGUCUUUGUUUUGCUAUGACUAUAAAUAAGGCUCAAGGACAAACAAUUCAAAAUGUAGGAGUAUAUUUGCCAGAACCAGUUUUCUCACACGGACAAUUAUAUGUGGCACUUUCUAGAGGAGUUUCAUUGCCAACAACUAAAGUCCUUGUGAAGUCUGAAAAAACAAAGAAAGCAAAAGGAAUAUAUACGAAAAACGUUGUAUAUAAAGAAGUUCAACUUCCUUAG